UCUCACAGGAAUCCCGAGUGAUAUCUACUGCCGGAAGGACUCUGGUGGCCAAAGUAGCUCCCCUAACUCCUGUCCAGCAAGUCUCUAAACCUUCCAAUGCUGCUGCUACACUGGCAUCCCCAUCUGUGUCUAAAGCCCCGCCGACCACUACACUGCAGUGCAGUGCAAACUUUCAGAUUCCACAAGGAACAGUUCUUGUGAGGAGUAACACUGGCCAACUGAUGCUAGUGUCUCAACAAGCACUUGUGCAAGCCCAGAGCCAAACCCCAAAUAAUACAAGUCUAAGACGGUCAUUGCCUGCAAAUGCAUCGGUCGUCAAAAUAAGGACUGCACAGAAUUCUGGCACACCUGUAGUUAAAGUACUGGCAGCUCCUGUGAAAACAGCAUCUCAAACGAUUCCUCUUACAUCAGCUGUUAAAAAACCUACUGUGAUACAGUCAUCAACAUCUACAAACUGUACUGCUACUGUUACUAUUGUGAAAUCUUUUGCUAGACCACUGGCAAAAUCUCCUGACUGUCCUGCACUCUCUGUCACUCAAAAACCAGCUCCCGACAAAGAAGUCAUAUCAGCGACACAGACCAGCACUUCAACAGAAAUGCUGGAGAAUGUGAAGAAGUGCAAAAACUUCUUAGCAACUUUAAUAAAGUUGGCAUCAAGCGGACCUCAGGCUCCAAAAAUGGGACAGAAUGUGAAGAAUCUGGUCCAGAGUCUCUUGGAAGGCAAAAUUGAGCCUGAAGAAUUUACCAAAAAACUGUACAUUGAGCUGAAGUCUUCUCCACAACCAUAUCUUGUCCCCUUUCUCAAGAAAAGCAUGCUUGCCUUGCGGCAGUUAAUGCCAAACACACAGAGCUUCAUACAACAGUGUCUUCAGCAAUCUUCAACGCAGUCCGCUGCUCCAGUUUGUGCUCCAAUGGUGGUCACCACUCCCUCCUUGGUUGCUUGUGGCCCUCCUUUGAACACAGCAGCUCGUCCAUCUGCUAGACCAGCCCCUAGGACUCCAGUGGGGACACUGUCUCCUCAGAUCUCAAACUCUGUCUCCUGUACACCACUGGCGACAAGAGGAUCUCAUUAUUUUCAGUUUGUACAUCCAGUCCAAACCUCAUCAGGGGUUCUCCAGGUGUCAAAUCCUGUCCCACCCUCUCCACUGACAACAGGAAUAGUUACAAAGACUGUACAUCUGCCCCAUUCCACUGCAGUGACAGGAACAGGAACCACUUCCCUUCAGGGUAUAAAACCAGCUGUUGCUUCUACAGCAUCCUCCUCCACCCUUUCUGCUCUCAAUGCUGCAAAAUCAGUUUCUUCUGCUGCAGUAACAACUUCUCUCCAGGUAGUCAAGCAAACCUUGACAACUGCUACGGUGACAUCUACUCCAACAGUAACGUCGUCUCUUCAAUCUGUAAUACCAAUAACUGGGACACCAAUCACUAUCAGACUUGCCCAUCCCAAUUCUGUCCAUCCCCAGUCAGCUCAAAAUUCACAAGCUAUAAGAGUAAAGCAGCUGACAGUCCAGCAGCCACCAGGAAGCACGGUGAGAAAAGUGACCUCAAUGCAGCAAACUUCAGAACUCCCUGUUGCACACAAAUCGAGUGAAAAAAAUCCAAUAAAUGAAUUGAUCCAGGCAAACCAGCUUUCUGCAGGAUCCAUUGUGAAACAAAUUACCCUGCCAGGAAACAAAAUUCUGUCGCUUCAAGCAUCUCCUGUUCAGAGAAACAAAAUAAAAGGGAAUGGAACAACAUCCUUCAGGGAUGAAGAUGAUAUCAAUGAUGUGACUUUUAUGGCUGGGGUCAACUUGAGUGAGGAAAGUGCAUGUAUAUUAGCAACAAAUUCUGAUGCAGUUGGCACACUUAUCCGGUCUUGCCCAGAGGAACAACUUCUUUCUUCGGAUGUGCUGCAAAUGAGAAUCUUAGAAACAGGUAAAAGGCAUGACAUUACGGAAGUGAAUUCAGAAGUUCUGGGCUUGAUCUCCCAUGCUACACAGGAGUGGUUACGAGGCCUUCUGGAGAAACUGACUAUAAUUGCUCAGCAUCGUAUAAUGACCUGUAAGGACAACAACAUGUAUGCCAUGUCAAGUGAUGCUCGGACUCAGCUGAGGUUUCUUGAAAAACUGGAUCAUAUGGAGAAGCAAAGAAAGGAUGAAGAAGAAAGGGAAAUGUUGCUUCGAGCAGCCAAGAGCCGUUCCGGUAAAGAAGAUCCAGAACAACUGCGAUUGAAGCAGAAAGCAAAAGAGAUGCAGCAAUUAGAACUGGCACAAAUGCAGCACAGGGAGGCUAAUCUUGCAGCUCUGGCAGCCAUUGGACCAAGAAAAAAGAGACCCUUGGAUUCAUCGAGUCCUGUAUCUGGAGUUGAGGGCUUGAACAGGUCACCCAACUUUGCAAGACCAUAUCUUCAUCCAAAAAUAACACGCAUCUGUCUCAGGGAUUUGAUUUUUUGCAUGGAACAAGAAAAGAUGAUGAAGCAUUCUCUAGCCUUGUAUCAAGCUCUUCUUAAGUAAUGACUAGACUUACCUUGCAUUUCUGCUUAUCACAUUGCCAAAGAAACACUGGAAUACACUGUUCUGUAGCAUAUUUUUCAAAAGAAACCAUUCUUAGGGCAAACUUUUUUACACUUGCAAGCUUCUUAUUUAAUUACCACCUGUAGGGUUUUACUAAAGAGAGGGCCAUCAAACUAUUCAUUGCACUGGAGAGAAAGUGCCUCAGGUGUCUGAUGCAUUUCAGCCUGCAGUAUUAUUCACUGGCAGAUGGCCAGUAUGCUGGUAUGUUACCUACUUGCAGUGGCGGAGCUACAAGGGGACAGGGGUGUGCGUUGCACCGGGCGCCUGCCUGGGUAGCACGGAAAUCACUCCACGACCCCAAUUCCCUUCCCCCCUCACCCCACCCUGCCCCGCCAGGCUGGAAAAGGUAAGUGGGGGAGGGAGGGCACAAGGCGGUGGAAAACUUGGAUUGUGCCCCAGAAGCACUCCUGCCCAGCUACGCUUCUGCCUACUUGACUGACCUUCCCCAGUUCAAGAAGGUAGCUGGAGGAGAAACCACUUGGGAGGAAACCAAGGAAAUGCCAGAAGAGGAUCCUAUAGACUGCUGCUUCUACAAAGAGGCAUAAAAGCCAUCUCCAGUAGCAUGGCUUGUGGUCUUCAUACAAUUGGGCAGAUGUGCAAGCAAGCUGAAUCUAGUUAAGCAAUGAGGCGAAGAGUCUUUAAAAACAAGGUUGUCUAAAUUAAGACAGUAUUAAGAAGCACUUAAUAUUGGCAGGAAAUCCCUUAGUUUUUCAGUAUAAGAUGCACUUGUUUCUGCAUUUGUUUGUAGAUUUUCAAAGAGAAAGCAGUCCUUGAAGGACAAGUGAAGUAAAAAGCACUCUCUGUUUUAUGUAACAUGUAGGUUUAUUUGAUCUCCUCUGUCCUACAGCACACGACUCAGAAUGUAUUUAAUGAUUAGCAGGGCUUUGAUAAACUGGUGACUUUAACAUGCUCUUAACCAGCCUCUUUGUAAAAAGCAGAAUCUGCUGUGGCACUUAGAGAAGAGCACAAAAUUGUUCAAGGAAUUGAACUGUGAAUUCUGCUGGAUUGCAAAGUUAGUCGGCCUGUUACCUGGUCAUAGAUCAUUAAUAAGGGACUUGAGGCGGUCAUAGUCCCCAUACUCUUAUUUUCUACAAAUCAUACAUUCUUCUGUAUACUUAGCAUACCACUGCAUCACAUGACUGUGUGACCAUGGGUGGGAAAGACAGCAAUUGAAUGUGUUUAUGGUUAAAAUCCUGUUUAUUAAAAAAAAAGGGGGGGGGGAUAAAACUCUACAAGAUGAGGGUUAUGGCUUUCCUAUAUUUUCUAGAUUGUCUAACUUCCUGAGCCCAAGACCACUGCACUAUGUUGGGAGUUUCAAACCUAGUCAAAGUUUUCCAGUUAGAAAAAUGGCAAACCAUGUUAGUUAAACCAUUGCAGUAAAUUUGUGUGUGUGUAUAUAAUAUAAUAUUAUAUAUAUGUGUGUGUGUGAAAAAGUAAUUGUCAUUUAUGAUCAAUCAGUAAGUAGUGAGAUAUUAAUGGCACUGGGCAAAAAUGUUUUGUAUAAUGAAUGCUUAUCUUUACUUUUUAUGUAAAGUGCAGCAUUUCUCCCUCUUUGUGUAUUCAGUCUUACUGACAGAAGUUGUUUAAAAUUAUUUUAAAUACUGCAUUAAAUUUUAAAUACUGCAUUAAAGUAACUAUUUUAUUAAAAUUCACUUAAUAUAAGAAAUGGUGUCAUGGAACCAUAAGAGUUAGCACUGUGUUUUAAUAUUUUCCAUUCAUGUAUAGUGAACUCUUUAGCAUAUAAUUGAAAUGUCUGAGUACUCUCACCCAUUAACUUGUAGCCUUUCAUCCUCUGAGUCUUUCAUUAAUUGACAAAUGAAGCUAUUGAAUUAGAACUUUUUUCUUACCAGUGUAUCAUCCCAUUAUCAAGUAAACCAGCAAUUUCCUGCUGUGUGCUGGAGUUCGUUAAUGUGCCAGGAGAUGUUGUCCCCUGCGUGCUCAAACUACCUGCACACAGAGGAUGCUGCUUGCUGUAUCUCUGUAUGAUUCAUUACCCUGGGAAUUGUUUCUACAGUGCAGCAAGAAAUUAGGCCAAGUGGUUGUCCCUCAUAAAGUGGAAUGGACUGCUGUCAAAGACUCGUGUGAAAACACAGGCUAGCCUUACACCUGACAAGCUUUUCUGUUCCUGUUUAGUUUAUGUAACUGAGGUGUGUUCACAACCUUGGGAAAAUAGUUCUUUCUGCUGAUAUUAAAUGUAGUUGGGCUUCACCUGACAUCUGACAUAAUGGCAAUAUUCUUG